UUUUCAGGUAUCAAUGGUGGAGGCACCGGGGACUUUUGUAGAGGUGAAUGACACUCGAGUAAUUAUUGGAAAAGGACUGUCACUCGAUUCAAUUAAAUUCCCUGAUUUCCACAUGUUCGACACAAACUGGAAAAUGAAAUUGCAUGCCGAAUGGAGCGAAGAACUUGGAACCGACGUAGUUUCGAUCAAGCUUCGGCACCGGAGGAGAAAUGUUGAUGAUAUCUGGAGUAUGGAUGCAACAGUCAAAAUUCAUUUUGAACAAGACUGGCUGAAAGGCGAGGUACAAGUAGAUUCCCAAUUUUCGAAUCAAGGUCAAGAAAUUGAGAUUCCCAACUGUGGAACGGUUGUGGGCAAAUUAAAUUCUUCAGAAAUCCAUCUCUGUGUUCACAUAUUUAUGCAGAUAAAUCAGUCAAAAGGAAUUCAACUUCGGAACUACAUCGACUUCGCACGACCAAUCCCCAUUUUUUCAGACACUAUAGUUCUGGUGGAUGGCGUUAAAUUCCAUGUAAAUCGAAUGAUUCUCUCAAUGGCUUCGCCUAUCUUCUUGGAAGCAUUUGUCACUAAUUUCGAUGAAAGAUCCUUGGAGUUGUGCAAUAUCUCUGCGCCGGAUUUUCGUCGAAUUCUUAACAUUAUCUAUCCACCUCAUCUGCCUCCAAAGCAGUGGAUCAAAGAGAGUGAUUUGGUUGAGCAAUUCGAACACAUUCAACGGAUUCUUCGAAUUGGAAAAUCACUUCAAAUUUCAAUCGUGUUGGAAGUUGCUGACAAAUGGCUGGUUAAAUACGGGCGGCACAAAUUAGGAGACACACUUCACUUGGCACAAGCGUUCGGGCUACGGGAGUUGAUGGGCUCCAAACUUGCCAAGAUGCGAUCUUUAGAAGAAAUAAAGAAAUGCCAAGACCAAAUUCAAGUAUUAAGUUGCAAGACGAAAGCCCUGAUUCUGGACCGCAUUCUAAGCACUCUGUAGACCUGCACACGUUAUUCAUAAUUCUAAUCACGUCAUUAUUUUUUUAAAAGAAGCUUCUAUCAGCUUUAUAUCGCAAAGAUCCUCACCAAACAAUCUGUCAUAUUUUUACCAUGCUUACUGUACCAUUGUUAUUCACAUCGUUUUAAUAAUGAAAUUUGUUCUAUUU